AUACUUUAAUAUUUUUUGCAUUUAGUACUAACAUUUUCAUCAUGGUACGGAAGAAGCAUCGAUAUUUUGUUGUCCGAAUACAGUAUGCUAAUAAUUGCAUUGAUACAAGUUUGAAGCCCUUUGAUGUUUUUAGAGCAAUAGAGGCUAUGGUUAAAGAAUUAUAUGGUGAUUACGGCAUAGCAGUAUAUUUGUUUAAUGUAAACGUAAAGUAUAUAAAUCCUUAUACUGGUAUUAUUUUUGUGCAGUGUAGUAGGGAUUACCAUAAAGAAAUUCGCAACUGUAUCACUUUUAUUAAAUUUGUGAAGCAAAAACAAUGUAUAUUAACAACAAUGCAUGUGACUGCCACGAUACGGUCCGCAGAGAGAUUUUUGCUGAGAUACAAUACUGACAAAAUGAAUUUGUUAUAUCAGAAGUGUAAAACACCUCAUGAAAAGCAAGAUUUGUGGGAUUAUAUGAAAACAUUGGGCAUUGAAAAUACCAUACGUUAACAAAGACAUGAAGCAGAGAUGUAAGGGAAUGACUUGUUAUUUAACUUUAAUUUUAAAGUUAUUAACAAAAUUCUUUGUCUCACACUAAUUUAUAUCUAUUUGUAGAUCUUUUUAGAAAUCCUAAUUAUUAAAGAUAGCGUUUUUUCAAUGAUUUUGUAUAUAUACGAAAAUAUAACAUUUGGAUA